AUGACCCUGAAUGGCGGCAGCGGAGGGAGCCGAGGCACGGGCAGGGAGCGCGACCGCCGUCGAGGCAGCACCCCCUGGGGCCCGGCACCCCCGAUGCACCGCAGGAGCAUGCCCGUGGACGAGCGAGACCUUCAGGCGGCGCUAGCCCCCGGUUCCCUAGCAGCGACUACAGCGGGAACUCGGACACAGGGGCAGAGGCUGGACUGGCCGGAAGGCUCCUCUGACUCUCUUAGUUCUGGAGGCAGCAGCUCAGUGGAGGGCGUUUACAAGGUGCUGCUGCUUGGGGCGCCUGGUGUGGGCAAGAGCGCUCUGGCGCGCAUCUUUGGUGGUAUAGAAGACGGGCCUGACGCAGAAGCCGCAGGGCACACAUAUGAUCGCACUAUCACCGUGGAUGGAGAAGAGGCAUCGCUCAUGGUCUACGACAUUUGGGAACAGGAUGGGGGCUGCUGGCUACCUGGUCACUGCAUGGCCAUGGGAGAUGCGUACGUCAUUGUGUACUCAAUAACAGACAAGGGCAGCUUUGAGAAAGCCUCAGAACUUCGGGUCCAACUCCGGCGGGCCAGGCAAACAGACAACGUGCCCAUCAUCCUUGUGGGCAACAAAAGUGACCUGGUGCGCUCCCGUGAGGUCUCUGUGGACGAGGGCCGGGCCUGUGCCGUGGUCUUCGACUGCAAGUUCAUCGAGACAUCAGCAGCCCUGCACCACAACGUCCAGGCACUGUUUGAGGGUGUCGUGCGCCAGAUACGCCUCCGCAGAGACAGCAAAGAGGAUAAUGCCCGGCGGCAAGCUGGCACUCGGCGAAGGGAGAGCCUUGGCAAGAAGGCCAAACGCUUUCUGGGCCGCAUCGUAGCUCGCAACAGCCGCAAGAUGGCCUUCCGUGCUAAGUCCAAGUCCUGCCAUGACCUCUCUGUCCUCUAA